GGCCAGCGACAGGGAUCAGGUGGGAGCGGAUUAUCCUCUGCAGGCAGGAGCGUCGGCGUCAGACGCGGCAGGGGCUACUGCUAGUCGUGGUGGGGCUUCAUUGCGCGCCGCGGAGGGUAGCGCUGCGGGUGUGCUAGUGGCAGCAGCGGGGUUGGGCGGCAUGUCUCAGGCUCCAGGAGCAGGUGCUCACGGUCACGGAGGAGAUGGGAGUAAACAGGAGAAAUCCUCAACAAGCGCACAAUUUAUGAAACUGGAAUACAGCAAGGAGAUCAUCGAGGAGGAUUUGUUACGGGAAAUUGAAGAUCUUCGUUCUGAAAACGACUACCUCAAGGAUGAAGUGGAGGAGCUGCGUGCAGAGAUGGAGGAGGCGCGGGACAGUUACCUGGAAGUGGAGGUGCACCAGGUGCAGGAGUUACGCAGGGAGCUGGACCGCUCCAAUAAGAACUGCCGUAUCCUCCAGUACCGCCUCCGUAAGGCGGAGCAGAAGAGCCUCAGAGUGGCCCAGACUGGACAUGUAGACGGAGACCUGCUACGCAACCUGGAACAGGACCUCAAGGUGGCCAAAGACGUGUCCGUGCGUUUGCACAACGAGCUGGAGAGUGUAGAAGACAAGAGGACCAGGGCGGAAGACGAGAAUGAGCUGCUGAGACAGAGGAUCAUCGAGGUGGAGAUCUCUAAACAAGCUCUACACAAUGAACUGGACAGAACUAAAGAGACUGCUAUACGGCGGAGAGGGAGCAGGGCAACAUUUAGGGACAAGAAGUCUAUGAACCAGGAGGACGGUGCAGAUCUCAGGUGUCAGCUGCAGUUCUCUAAGGAAGAAUCCACCCUCAUGCGUAAGAAGAUGGCCAAGCUGGGGAGGGAGAAGGAAGAGCUGGAGCAGGAGAUCCAGAAGUAUAAGUCAGUCUACGGGGACUUGGACAGCCCUCUACCCCUGGCAGAGCUUGCCGGUGGUGGGCCUCACAGCACCAGGGAGGCCGAGCUACGGCUCCGGCUCAAACUGGUGGAGGAAGAGGCUAAUAUUCUGGGGAGGAAGAUCGUAGAGCUGGAGGUGGAGAACCGAGGCCUGAGGGCUGAGAACGAGGACAUCCGCUGCCAGUACGAGAGGGACCGUUUCGACCGGGAGCCGUUCGGCAGCAUGCCCUCCUCCCCGUAUGGCGGGGACGCUCUGGAGUCCGCCGGCGAGCUGCGGCGCCACCUACAGUUUGUAGAGGAAGAAGCAGAACUUCUCCGGCGGUCCAUCUCAGAGAUCGAAGACCACAACAAGCAGCUGAUCUCGGAACUGAACCGCUUCAAGUUCGGCCCGAGAGACGAGGAGGGCGAGGUCGGCGUGAUGAUGAUGAUGAAGUCCGGUAACGGGAGUAACGGUGGCGGCGGGGGUAACGGAAGCGGUGUGGUGAUGAUGGAGGAGCUGAAGGCAGCCAGGAUGCAGAUCAAUGACCUCAGUGGGAAGGUGAUGAAGCUGCAGUAUGAGAACAGAGUCCUGAUGUCCAACGUUCAGCGCUGUGACCUGGCCCAACACCUGGGCCUCCGCACCGGCUCCCCACGGGACAGCGAUGCAGACAGCUACACCGGGCACCGCGACACCGCCGAGGAGGAAGAAACAGGGAGGCUCGUCUUACUUCACCCCAAGAGGGAGGGGCCUGUCGGCGGCGAGAGCGACUCGGAGGACCUCUUCGAGAAGACGACCACAACCUCGGGGUUUGGAAGUCACAAGCCCUCGGACGAGCUCAGCAGGUUCAGCGCCACCGAACUAUCUAAUCGUAGGCGAGAAGACCGCGAGACGUUCACGAAUGUCAAACGAGAAGCAGAGCGCCUUGGGAAGACCGUAGAUCGUCUCAUUAGCGACACGGACAGUCUGAUCUACGAGGGCAAGAUUCUAGUAACAGGGGACAGUUUGAGUCUGGCUCUGGAGGGGUUGAAAGGAGACACCACCCCCCUCCCCGAGCCCAAACCAGACUCACAGGUCCUGGACACUAUCAACACCCGUAUGAAGGCCUUCCGCACAGAGCUCCAUAUCUUCAUGGAGAAGGUGGAUCACCUGGGAGAGGGCCUGAGGGAGAGGGGAGGUGACCGGGAUCGGGGGGACGACCUGUCGCCCAUGCCCAACCUCACAGAGUCCAGUAGCUUCCUGUCCGGGGUCACCUCCAUGUCACGAGACUCGCCCAUCGGCACCCUGGGACGCGACCUGGUCACAGACUUCCAGGAUGAGGAGCGGAGGCGGCUGGAGGUGCAAGGUGUGAGGCCCAGGGGGGGUCUGGAUCUGACGGGCCUGCAGGCCCACGAGGCUCCCUGGGUCCAGGAGAGAACCCUACUGCAGCAGGAGGUCCGGUUGUUCAGACACAACACCAUCGUCUUCUACAUGAAGCUACGCUGGAUCCUCAUGCACUGGAGGCUGGGGAAGAGGACUGAGACAGGGGAGGAGGCAGCUCACUCAGAGUAUGAGAAGUUGGAAGGUAUUCCAGAGCUGGGGGUGAUCUUGGCGCAUGGAGAGGGAGAGACGGCGAGAGAGGACAGGGACAGGUCGUGUACCCAGCUACCCCAGAGAGACAGCCCCGACCCCGACCCCGACCCCACAACCCAACUCCCCUCCCCUGAUCGCCUGCAGCACCAGAGACAGGUGGGUGAGAACCGCAGGGUGCUCCACGCGCUGCGCUCCCUGUUAGAGGAGUUCAGGGAGGAGUUGAGGGAGGAGGAGAGCAGGAGGUGCCAGCUGCAGCAAAACUACGCCAACGACAAGGCAUCCUGGGAGGUCAAAUGGGCCAAAAUGAAGUGUCACGUCGCUCAGCUGGAAGAGGAGAGACAAGAAGAGAAAGGAGAGGAGAGAGGAGAAGCCAGAGGGGAGGCACAGGGAGGAGGAGGAGGAGGAGGAGGAGGAGGAGACCCAGACUGGGCCUUUAAGCAGGAGCGAGAGGAGCACCGUUGCCUCCUGGCCGAGAGCCACAGCACCUCCCUGGACCUCCACUGGAAGCUGCAACACGGAGAGAAGAGGUGGGGGAGGGAGAGGAGAGACCUGCUGGAACGCUUCGACCAAGAGAGACAGGAGUGGGACAGCAACAUGAGAAACAUGCACCACAAGAUGGAGAGGCUGCAGGGAGAGCUGAACGUACGGAGGGGCAGUGAGGGCUCACCAUCCAACGUGAAAGACGGGGAAACAGCGGGAGGACACAGGGGUGUCUUUCCCCCCCAGGAGAGCCCAUGUAAGGCCCCUCGCUCCCCAAGGUCACCCCGCUCCCCUCGCUCUGCCAUCCCCGGCCCGGUUUCCCUUCCCACCCACUCCCACUCGGACUCGGAGGCCCAUGAAGACAAGGGGGCUGUAGUGAGGUUCAGAUGCCCAACAGAGAACCUUUUCCUGGACGCUCUGACACUGGACUCCCUGGGUGGCCUGGAGGCCCCACCUCCCUGCAGACUGGACUCUGACAAGAGGUUCCCUUGUAUGAACCAGGUGCUGAAUGAGAUCCCAGACAGAGAAGACCCGUCUAUGUACCAAGAGGAGGAGGAGGAAGAGAUGGGUUUUGGUAGCCUGCUCAGGGCUAAGUCGGUCUGUUCUAUGAGUGACUUCCAGCGUCUAAUGGACAGCUCUCCCUUCCUGCCUGACAAGAGUCGUCAUGGUGACCGCGGCCGUGACGAUGUGACUCCGCCGCUGUCACCUGACGACCUGAAGUACAUAGAGGAGUUCAACAGCAAGGGGUGGGACUUCCCCGGCCCUGGCCCCUCCCCGACACCAGGCCACCACACCCCCACAGCCAUGGAAACCUGGGCAGAACGGCCCAUUUCAGAACCAUUCCAGCCGGCCUCGUGGUUCCUGACCACCAGCACCCGAUCCAGCCCAGAGCCCCCCUGCCCACCCCACUGCCAGCGCUCCCCACUCAGGGGCAACGGGGGUGACGUAGGGGGGGGGACAGGGGUCCACGUCUCCCACAGCCCCACCCGAUCUCCCGGGCCCCCCGAUCAAGACUACCUGUACCCCAAAGGAAACAAGGGGGGUGGGGGUGUUGGUGAGGUGGCGGGUGACUCCGGGAUUGGGGGGGUAGGAGGUCCAGACGAGGUGUUUGGUGAUGGUAGGUGGCCUCCCUCCUGUCAUAAGGAGUUAUUAGAGGGUGUGGCGGGACUGCGGGGUCCCUCUGGGGGGGGUCCCAUCCCCACGGUGGGGUACGCCUCGUCUCUGGGGCUGCAGCUGUCACGGAACCUCAGUGAUGACAUGAAGGAGGUGGCCUUCUCCGUUAGGAAUUACCGCUCUGGCCCCAGCACCUCGGACCACCUGGAGCAACAGAGACAGCUCCGAGACAUGGCGUGUCAGACCAACGGUUUCACCACUCGGGGUACCCAGACCACUCUGACCAUCAGUGUGGGACUACAGACAGACAUCCUCCGCACCCUCACCAGCUCCCCCCACCGCUGCCUCACUCCUAAAGGAGGCAGCUCCACACCCAUCUCCUCCCCCUCCCGAACCAUCCGCAAGAUGCAGUACUCUCCCGUAGUCCAGUCCAAGUUUGAGCGUCCAUGUUGUUCUCCUAAGUACGGCUCCCCUAAACUCCAGAGGAAGCUGUCAACGUCAUCGAAGGUUGACCUCCCAGGUGGGGCCUCCAGCUCCACGGCCGGCAUCAGGGCCCCUACCCCCACCACCCCCCAGAAGGGUGCCUCUGAGUCGGCCUGGGCUCGCUCCACCACCACCAGGGACUCUCCGGUUCACACCACCAUCAACGACGGCCUGUCUUGUCUCUUCAACAUCAUAGACCACAGCCCCGUGGCCUACGAACCCCCGCAGUGCAAAUUCUCCAAGUCCCCCAGCCGCUCCCGCCCCACCCCCCUUGACCCCUCACCUCCUGGUGGUCCCAGUCUACCCCCUUCAGAACCCAAAGACCUGAGAUCCCUUGGAGCUGUCCAGGAGUUUCUGAGGAAUGUCCGUGGGCGUUCUCCUAGCCCGGUGCAGCUGAUAGUAGAGGCUCAGGGAGGGCCGGGGGGAACAGGAGGGGAGAGGACACCAGAGGUGCUCAGUAUACGCCAGGACCUGUCUGCCCCGCCUGGAUACACCCUGGCAGAGAACACAGCCCGCCUGCUGAACAAGAAGUUGUUGGAGCAGAGCUUCAGGGAGGAGAAGCGGCUGGGGUCCGGAGGGACUGGAGGGUCGUCAGCCCAGGGCCAGGGAGGCUACACGGGAGACGGGCAUCAGGCAGAGGGAGACAGCAACCAGCCUGGGUGUUUGGAGGACCUCCCUCGUUCCCCGGUGGCUCCACCCCUGGAGUCGUGUUUCCUGCGUCCGGCGAGGCCAGCCAACCGCCGUCCCCCCUCCCGCUGGGCGGCCCAUUCCCCCUCCUCCUCCCCCCGAGGCUGGCGCGAUGUCACCGAGCGGAGGUUCACCUUCCCCAUGGUGACUGGGACCACCUGUACACCGGAGCUGGACGAGACUGGAACAGGAACAGGACUGGAACCGUCGUCUUCCGCAUGAAAGAAUCGUCGCCCAUUACCUUGUCCUCCCUCCCCCCCUCGUAGGAAGGAGUUGUAAUGUAAUGGGGGGAUGAGACCCUCUAGCACCAGCUGACCAACCAGGAAGAAAAAUAACUGGAACUUAGAAUUCUGGAAUGAAAAGAACCUGGAAUGUACUGUAACAACAAUGACUUCAUCAAAAACAUUGCCAUCAGAGGUGCCUGUACCUGAUUUACUCAUAGUUCCACAUGAUAUAUGUGUAUAUAUGUAUACAAAACAAUACAUAUAUCUAUAUUUUAACCAUAUAAUGGACACCUUUUGAGGUGUUGAAAGAAAACUAUAAAACCGUUAUUAUAAUACUUGUGCGAACAUGAAGGUUUACAAAUGUUCUGUCUGUUUACGUUUUUGAUUAUUUUGCAUUACAUAUAAUUUGUUAUAUUCUGUGUUGUGUAAAUACUUGUUAAAACUAUUUUCUUAUUAAGUUGACCAUACCUUAUGUUACUGUUUGUUCCUUCGAAGCUUGAAGACAGACUACUCAGUUGUAUUGGUAGAAGAAACAAACAAACAAACAAACACGACUGCUUCCUGUUCGCUGAGGCAGCUGUUUCAUGAUGUCAUUUACGAUGCUAAUGUAUGUAUGUUUUUAUCUCUAUAUGUUAAAAUGAAUGUUCAACUCUCUAAACGCAUAGAAGAAGAGAGGAAAAAUAGUAAGUGAAUAACCUUUCGGUAUAUGUGGAACACAGUUGUUGAAUGGCAGCCUAUUCCCACCUAUUCCCACACUGUAAAAACAUGUUGGGUUGUUUUGGUUGAUUUGUUUUCUUUAAAAAGAGCAAGGUUGGGUUGUUGAUGCUGGGUUAUUGGUGCUGGGUCGUUGAGAUAUGACCCAGCGGGUCAGAUCCGAAGACUGGAGGCGUAGUUUAGUACGGGUGUGGCAUUCCAAUAGUUCUUUUUAGCCACCCGUGAGAGUAAAUGUCAUUAAUCUGUUCUGUUGUAUAGUUAUCACAUGUAAAGGUUGAACACCUGACAUUUUUGUAGCUUCAGUGAGGCUUACAGAAGUAUAUGAGUUCCCUAAAAGCCUAUGCAAAUCCACUUGUUGGAAUAGAUACCUUCUUGUUAUCAUAUGUAAUAAAUAAUCUUAAUAUUCUAGAAGAAUGUGUAAAAUAUUUUUAAAAAGGAACCAUUUAAUUUGCAGUAUGCAAACUUAAAGACAGGCUCCGGGCUGGAUGUGUCAAUGUGUAUUUCAUACAUGCAUAUUCUAUGAGCAGACUUACUGUCUUACCUCAAUUAGCCACGAAAUCCCUAAUUUGAAAGUGAGUGUUUUUUUUGGAAGCUCUGCUGUGCCAUUUUCCAUACAUUUUCCCCCACGUGGGCCAGACCCCUAGCAAUUUGAGUUCUAACCAAUGAGCUUCAGACCCUCGCCAUUUGAGUGACAGCUAGCAAGAUGCACACACAGCAAAGCGAGAGAGAGACAAUGUCGUGGUGCACAUAUGUGAGGUAGUACGCAAUUUUCGGGGACCACUUUUGGCUCGUGAGUGCUACUUUCAGAACUACUGGCUAAAAUGUAUACAAAAGUACCGGAUAAUCUCUUUAACAUGAUACACCGGAAUGACAUUUACUAUCAAGAGUGGCCAAUAAGAUCUACCUGAAAGCCAAGCCACUAAUGAGCCACGCUUCCUGAAUAUAAGCAGCUAGGUCAUCCCAGCAUACCCAAAAAAACAACAUGUUGGGUUAUUAUAAUAUAACAUAAUAUAUAUUAUAUAUAUUCAUGCAACCCAACUGGCUGGGUCAAUAUAACCCAGUGUGUGUUCUGCCCCAAUAUUAACCCAGCACUGGGUUACCAAAGAGCCCAAAAUGUAGUUGUUUUUUUAACCCAGCAUUUUUUUUUUUAGAGUGGGCUCAGGUCAAAGGUCAUGCACUGUGUAGAGAAUAGGUUGUCUUUUGGGACGCGAUCAUAUUUGCAUGCCUUUGGGAAAACACACGUUAGUGCAUGUACAUACAAACUGCUGCUACUGCUGUCAUUGUGCUAGAUCACCCAGCUUGGAUGUAAAAACUCAACUAAAGGCCGGGAUUUAAUUAUUUACCUUUAUUUAAAUCAGGGAGUCACCAUUGAGACCAGUGUAUCUUUUACGAGGAAGCCCUGGAUAUACAAUU